UUAUUGGUAGCGGCCGAGGAUGGCUUUCACAGAAUAGUUUUAAUAAGUGACGGUAGAGAUUAAAUUAUUCAUUAUAUUGCUGUGUGGUUGGAGCUGUUGGGUGAUGUCCAAACACGUUGCAUAUGCAGGAAACCUACUGAAUCCUUUCUAUGGGAUAGCAUCACUUGUUAAAAACCCUUGAAGAGAAGAAAAAAAGAAACCGAAAGUUAUCUGACGCUCGUUUUAAUGAGUAGUGAUAUUAUACCAUUUUGUAAAGGGCUUGUAACCGAUUGCUUCCACUGACACAUAUGUGGGUUUAAUAGUGGAACCUUUUAUUGAAAAAUUGGAAUGAUACAAGAAUGUAGUAUGAGUGGCCUCAGCGUCUUGUGAGAAACUGCACAACACACGAUCACGUCUUAGACAUUUAAGAUUUCUGUUUUUGGGUGAGCUUAAGGGAGCUCUUCCGUCGGAAACGAGGGGUCUAUUGUCGUGAAUGACUUUACGACAGUGUUUCCGGCAAUGUCAUGGCGGCGUUCGGAGGUACGUUUGAAAGUUCAGAAAGCAUCGAGAGCAAGAGAGAAUCUAAGCGCAAAGAAAGAGAAGAGGUGCUCCGAAAGGCCAAGGAGAAGUUUGAGAAGGAGGAGAGGAGGAAGGACCUGAAGAGGGCCCGCGGAGAGGGUACAUGGAUGCUCCCUGACGUGGACCUGAAGCUGCAGCAGCUGGAGCAGGAACACAAACAGAAAAAGAAGAAGAGCAAGAAGGACAAGAAGAAGAAGGCAAAGAAAGAGAAGAGGAAAGUGGAGGAUGUGUCCAGCGGCAGCUCGGAGGGUUCUGAGGAGGAGUGGGUGGAGUCCAGGCCGGUGGUGGAGGUCACAACCAAGCCUUGGAAGAUAGGUGGGGAGAGCCGGCCAGAGGUGGCUCCUGAGGAGGUCGCUGAGGCCGAGCUGAAGCAGAGAGACGAGUGGAUGACCUUUGACUUCCUGUCCAUGAGGACCACGUCUGUGGUGGAGAAGAGGGCGGAGAAGGAGAGGGAGAAGGAGGCGGACCGGGAGAGGAGCCAGAUGCUGGAGCAGGCCGGCCUGCACAAGCUGGAGCUGAACCCCUACUGGAAGGACGGGGGGUGCGGCCUACCCCCAGAGGACAUUGCUGCCCCUGCCCACAAAGCUGCGGUGGUGGAUGACGGUGGCCUGAGCUGGCUGCGCGGGUCCUACCAGCGCAUGAAGGAGCAGGCCGAGAGGGAGAGCCGCAGCCUGGCGCAGGUGGUGUCCGAGCGAUACGGGUCAUUGGAGAAGUUUCAGAAGAGGCUGGAGGAAGCGGAAAAGGUCGCCAAAGCCCAGAGAAGGGGGCCUGGGCGUGACAGGAAUGAGGGAAGCGGGUGGAAGAGGCCGGGGACCACGGAUGACAGCUCAGACAGAGAGCAGGAGUCCGAUCGGGGCCGAGGGGGCGAACGGAGUCACCUGGAAGGCAGGGGUAGCAGGAGAGACCGAGACCGGCAUGGUGACCGGGACAGAGAUCGGGGGAGGGGACACCCUGACCAGGACGGGGACAGGAACCGAUACAGGGACUGGCAGAGCAGGAGGGACAGGGGGGGCCGGGCAGAUGAGUCCGGGCACAGAGCCACGGAGGACCCUCUCCUCCGCAGAGAGAGCCCUCGGCCUGCGGAAGACCGGGCCAGGCUGCUUCCAUCCAGCAGCUCGCUGAAGGCCCGGUUCCUGAAGCCCACGGAGGACGAGCCGGGUCCGGCCUGGGCAGGGUCACACCAGGGCACCAGCGGGUUCCUCAAACCUCGCAGCGAGGGCACCCACGAGGGUACCCGUCCAGCUUGGAGGAAGCUGGGCCCAACUGGGGAGGAUGGCGCGGGAAGGGCGGCUGGGAAGACCGUGUCGGAGAUCCCUGAAUCGGAACGCCGGUCCCCGGAAGGUCAUGGAGGCAAGGAUGAGGGAUCACCAUCCAGGGCCACGGAGUCAGAGAGUGGGGAGGAAGAGGAGGAGGUGGAGGAGGAGGAGCUGAUCCUCACCGAUGAGGAGAUGAACAAGCUUGGGGCCAAGCUGCUGAAAGCUGAGCUGAUGGGAAACAAGGAGCUGCAGGAGAGGCUGACAUCCCAGCUGGAGGCUGCCCGCCGGACCAAAGAGAAGCGAGCUGAAGGCGGCGGGAAGCAGGUGUCCAGACGGGUGGAGGAGGAUCAGGAGGUGGUUCUGUACCGGACCGAUCAGAUGGGUAGGGCGUGGCCCGUCAAGGGCCCGUCAGAACCCCAGGAGCCCCGGGGAGGACGCAGGAAGAAGACAGCGAUCGAGACUCACCGUGAUGGUGAGCGCGUCCGCUAUUUCCAAGACGACGACGGUAUCGACCUACAGGAAAUGGUGCGCCGGGAGAAGAUGAGCACCGCGGGAGACCAAAAUGCCCUGUACUCUCGCAUGGCGGCCAAGAUGAUGGGCAAGCAGGAUGGAGACAACUACACGCUGGACGACAUGUUUGUGUCGAGUGCGGCCCAGAGAGAGCGUUCCGGCCGGGAUGAGCAGCGCCAGCGUGACCGGGCCGUACGAGAGCACCACCGGAUGGCCGGCGCCAUGGACAAGUGUCCUCACUGCUUUGACAGCGCUCAGCUGCCCAAGCACCUGGUGGUGGCCAUCGGAACUAAGGUGUACCUCUCCCUGCCCAACGCCGUCUCCCUCACAGAGGGACACUGUCUCAUCUGUCCACUGCAACACCACACGGCCUCCACCGCCCUGGACGAGGAUGUAUGGGCAGAGGUGCAGAUAUUCCGUAAAGCGCUGGUGAAGAUGUUCCAGGAGCAGCACCUGGACUGCGUCUUCCUCGAGACCCACAUGAACCCUAAGCGGCGCCUCCACAUGGUGUACGAGUGCGUCCCCCUCCCCCGGGAACUGGGUGAUAUGGCGCCCAUAUACUUCAAGAAAGCCAUCCUGGAGUCUGAUGAGGAAUGGGCGAUGAAUAAAAAGCUGGUGGAUCUGUCUUCAAGGGAUGUGCGGCAUGCUGUCCCCAAAGGUCUCCCGUUCUUCUCGGUGGACUUUGGGCUUCAGGGAGGAUUCGCUCAUGUCAUUGAGAACGAGCAGAAGUUUCCUCAUUACUUUGGGAAGGAGAUCCUUGGGGGAAUGCUGGACCUGGAACCCCGGAGAUGGCGAAAGCCAAUGCGGGAAAACUUUGAUGACCAGAGGAAGAAGGUCCUGCAGUUUGCACAGCGGUGGAAGCCGUUCGACUGCACCAAGACUGACUGAUCAGCCAGGAUGGAUGGACUCUAACCUGGACCCUCACAUGACCCCUAGGGGGCACAGACUCGCUCAUUGUGCUGAAGGUGGAGAGGCCCCCCCCAGUGUCAGAUCCCUGGGUGUCACAAACAUGUGCCCCUGGUUUGACUCUGGGGCCAAUUCAGAUCUGUUAGGGUUAGGAACCGUGUCUAUUAGUCACUCGGAAUGCUGGUUUUAAAGUGAAUGUUUUUUUUUUUUUUUUUUUUUUUUUUAAGAAUUAAAGCCUAAGAAUUUGUUUGGUA